ACUCUACCAACUUUGCCAACAAGAUGGCGGCGCUCUGAUGGCAGCGGCUUGCAGACGCUCUUGGAAGUGUAGAGCUAUUUGGCAAAAAUACCCGUCAAUUCUGUCUUUUUCAUGGCUGGCUCACAGCGUGGACACUUCGUGAUCACAUACGACCGACAAACGAUUCCGGAUGUGGAUAGAUCGGGCCGUUAUAGACUGAAAGAUGCGUGUACUUUGGACCUCCUCGCUAGCAUGGGAAUACUUCGCUGGCUACAUCCAGCGGCCUCUGAAGCAGCGGAGUUAAGUGCCAGCGGGGACCGUCAACGGAAGACACGUAAGCGGUGUGAGCGGAAGCAGAAGCGGGGAUGCCGAGCGGGGCUAACAACAAAGCGAAAGGCUAAUCCUCAAAGAAGCGCUAGUCCGGAUUGCUUUGAUUGAAGUCACCUGUUCACCUGCUCAGUGCACAUGCUCCAAAUGUUUGAGCUUCAAUGAGUCACUCCUUUUGACUUGAUGCUAAGAGGAAGGAAGACAGCUCCUGUGUGGACUCAGAAGACGCAACUGGUGUCCCCCAGAGUUCGGUGCUUGGUCCACUUCUCUUCAUUGUACAUGCUCCCCCCUCGGUAGAAUCAUCCGCCGCCAUCACCUCCAAUUCCACUGCUACGCAGAUGAUGUCCAGCUAUACAUCUCCACAAAAUCUCUCCACCCUGACCGACUGCCUCACUGAAAUCAAAUCAUGGCUGCACUCCAACUUCCUCAAACUCAACUGACAAAUGUGACAUGCUUAUCGGCCCCAAAUCCCUCACCAAAACUGCUCACAACUCCACUCUGUCCCCAUCCACUCACAUCCGCAACCUCGGAGUCAUUCUGGACAAUAACCUCUCUUUUCAACACCAUGUCAACCACAUCACAAGAACUGCUUUCUUCCACCUCAAAAAUAUUGCUCGUCUCCGUCCAUCCCUCUCCUUCUCUGCCGCUGAAAUCCCUCUCCUUCUCUGCCGCUGAAACCCUGAUCCAUGCCUUCAUCACCUCCAGACUUGACUACUGUAACAGCAUCCUCUACGGCUCAUCUUGCAAAAUUCUUAAUAAAUUCCAAUACAUUCAAAACUCUGCCGCCCGCCUGCUCACCCACACCCGCUCCCGUGAGCACAUCACCCCAGUCCUCCAGAAACUCCACUGGCUCCCCGUUCCUCACCGGAUCCACUUUAAAAUCCUCCUCCUCACCCACAAAGCCCUCCACAACCAGGCCCCCUGCUACCUCACCAACCUGCUUCACCUCCAUACCCCUUCACGCAGCCUCUGCUCCUCUGAUGCCAAUCUUCUCCCCACCACUCAGAACCAAGCUUCGGACCUGGGGUGACAGAGGUUUCUCCAUCGCUGCUCCCACCCUCUGGAACACUCUUCCCAAACCCAUCCGUGACCAGUGUUGGGUUAGUUACUGAAAACCAGUAACUAGUUACAGUUACUAGUUACUUUAUUUCAAAAGUAACUCAGUUACUUACACCAAAAAGUAUUGUGAAAAGUAACUAUUUAGUUCUAUUUUUUUAAAGCUCCCAUUCAUGCCCUUUUAGCCUUCAUUUCAGUACUGUUAUUGCACUGGAGAAUAAUACAAUCUGUUAAUCAACUUGACUUUUUGAUUGAUUGAUUGAAAAUUCUAU